AAAUGAAUACCAUAUAGUCACUCUCCGCAUUUCGUGCAUUAUUGUUGUUCUCACGCUUUGAACAAUUGAACCUGAACAUAUGGGGCGAUUUCCAGUUGUCAGUCUUCUUGUUGUAGCUGUUCUUUGCUCAAUAACAACAGAAUUUGUUUGUUUUGGAGAUACCCUCCUCCUUAAUUGUUCAGAAUCAGAUAUUCAAGCUCUUAAUGACUUCAAAAAUGGCCUUAACGAUCCUGAGAACCGACUCUCGUCAUGGAGUGGCAGCAACUGUUGUCAGUGGCCGGGAAUUGGCUGUGACAACAAAACAGCUGCUGUUACCAUGAUUGACCUUCGCAAUCCAUAUCCAGUUGCUUCUUAUUCUAAUACCAGGUAUGGAUUCUGGAACUUGAGUGGAGACAUUAGACCUUCAUUGCUAAAACUGAGGUCAUUAAAAUAUUUAGACUUGAGUUACAACACAUUUCAAGACAUCCUAGUUCCUGAAUUCUUUGGUUCUUUGAAGAAUUUACAGUAUUUAAACCUGUCAAAAGCGGGGUUUAGUGGCAAAAUUCCUCCAAGUUUGGGAAACCUAUCUAGUUUGCAAUAUCUUGAUCUUUCUUCCGAAUUCCCUCCUUUGAUGGUUGAUAACAUUCAAUGGAUGACUGGCCUUGUCUCUCUGAAAAAUCUUGCGAUGGACCAGGUGGACCUUUCAUUAGUGGGAUCAAGCUGGCUAGAGGUACUGAACACGCUUCCUUAUUUAACUGAGCUGCGUCUUCCAGGCUGUGGCUUAACUGGUUCCAUUUCGUCUCUUGGCUCUGUUAAUUUCACUUCACUUUCUGUGCUGGACCUUCAGUUUAACAGCUUUAACUCGGAGUUCCCUGAUUGGCUUGUGAUUAUCAGCAGCCUUGUGUACAUUGAUUUAAGCAGCAGUGUCCUAAGAGGAAGGAUUCCACUUGGUCUUAGUGAGCUUCCAAGCCUGCAAUAUUUGAACCUUGCGCUGAAUGGUAAUCUCAGCGCCAGUUGCCUUCAAUUGUUCAGGGGAAGCUGGAGGAAAAUAAAGGUCAUUGAUUUGGCUUCUAACUCAAUACACGGCAAACUCCCUGCUUCCAUCGGAAAUAUGCAAUUCCUCACCAAUUUUGAUCUUUCUGCAAACAGCGUAGAGGGUGGAAUACCUGCCUCCAUUGGUAGGCUCUGUAAUUUAAUUAAUUUUGACUUAUCAGGUAAUAACUUGACAGGAAGUUUGCCUGAAUUACUUAAAGGGACUAAUAACUGUGUUUCUACAAGUCCUUUGCCUUGGUUGGUGCGUUUAGAAUUGAGCGGCAAUCAGCUGGUGGGUAGAUUACCAGAAUGGUUGGGUCAGUUUGAAAAUCUUGAGGAACUUGGACUGGAUUCCAACUUACUGGAAGGUCAUAUCCCUGCUUCUAUUGGGACACUACAAAAUCUAACUGAUGUGGGACUAGCAGGAAACAAACUCAAUGGGACACUGCCAGAGAGCUUUGGGCAGCUUUCAAAGUUGUCAUAUCUUGAUCUUUCUUUCAAUCAAUUGUCAGGUAUUAUCUCCGAGGCCCAUUUUUCAAAUCUGACUAAUCUGAAGUUCUUGUUCUUGUCUUCCAAUUCCUUUAUUUUUAAUGUCAGUUCAAGUUGGGUCCCUCCAUUCCGAGUCCGUAAUCUUGACAUCGGUUCUUGCAAAUUGGGUCCUUCAUUUCCUGCCUGGCUUCAAUCUCAGAAGGAGCUUAACUUCCUUGACAUUUCAAAUGCUAGCAUUUCAGAUUCCAUACCACGUUGGUUUUGGGAUAUCGCUUCUAAUCUUUCGCUGGUAAAUGUUUCUCUGAAUCAGUUAGAGGGUCAAUUACCAAAUCCAUUAAAUGUAGUCCCCUAUGCAGAUAUUGACUUCAGCUCCAACCUCUUUGAAGGAGUCAUUCCUCUUCCUAGUCAUGUUAUUGAAUUACUAGAUCUGUCCAACAAUAGAUUUUCUGGCCCAAUCCCUCAAAAUAUUGGUGAAUCCAUGCCAUACUUGAUCUUUCUCUCUCUUUCCAGUAACCAACUAACUGGAGAAAUACCAACCUCCAUAGGACAAAUGCAGUUGCUUGAAGUCGUUGAUCUAUCGAACAAUAGAUUGAUAGGAAGCAUUCCUCCAAGCAUAGGAAAUUUCUCUUACAUAAAGGCUUUAGAUCUUGGAUUCAACAACUUGUCUGGGGUUAUUCCAAGUUCUUUGGGCCAGUUGAACCUGCUUCAAUCACUGCACCUGAACGACAACAUGUUUUCAGGAGAGAUUCCUUCUUCUUUCAAAAAUUUAUCAAGUUUAGAGACCCUGGAUCUUGGAAACAACAGAAUGUCAGGUACUAUUCCAUCAUGGUUCGGAGAUGGUUUUACCAAUCUCAGAAUCCUCAGGUUGAGGUCAAAUGCAUUUCUGGCAGAAAUUCCCAGGGAGCUUUCAAAUUUAAGAUCACUACAAGUCCUUGAUCUUGCAGAAAACAAUUUGACUGCCAAAGUCCCAACUAGCUUUGGUAACCUGAAAGCCAUGUCACAAGAGCAGGCAAUAAACAAAUAUCUGUUAUAUGGCUUUUACAGGGGCCGCUAUUAUGGAGAAAGCUUGGUUGUAAAUAUAAAAGGACAAUUUCAAAGAUACACCAAGACUCUAUCCCUUGUGACCUCCAUAGACCUGUCUGGAAAUCAUCUAACUGGAGAGUUUCCAGUGGAAUUAACGAAGCUGUUUGGCCUGGUGGUUUUGAACAUAUCAGGAAACCAAAUCAGUGGUCAAAUCCCAGAAAGCAUAUCAAAUUUGCGUCAAUUGGCAUCUCUUGAUCUCUCAAGUAAUAAGCUUUCGGGUGCCAUUCCUCCAAGCAUGUCUAAAUUAACAUUCUUGAGUUAUCUGAAUUUAUCGAACAAUCAGUUAUCAGGUCUGAUUCCUUAUAUGGGACAGAUGACAACAUUUACUGAGUCUGCUUUUGGGGGAAACCCUGGUCUUUGUGGAGCUCCGCUUCUUGUGAAGUGCCCUGGUGAAGAUUCAAACAAAGGAGAGACUGCUGAGGAUGACAGGGACAAUACAUUCACUGACAAGUGGUUUUAUUUGAGUCUUGGACUGGGAUUUGCUGCAGGUAUUCUUGUCCCUUACCUAAUUUUCGUGAUUAGAAAACCUUGGCGUGGUGUAUACUUCGAUUUUGUGGACAAAAUUGUUUAUAGAUUAUCCAGGGUGAGCAGUAGGAGAACAGCACGCAACAGGAACCUCCAUCCCCAAGGUUAG